AGUUAACUGUUUCAUAUGCUUUAGGUAUAUACUGUUUUUAAAAUGUUAACAUUUCCUCUCAAUAUUUUGUUUGCUUUCUAGUUGAUCUACCAGCUUCAAAAUGUCUGAAAUCAGAUUCAGCUCUCUCACUUGGGAUCAAGUUAUAACACUAGAUCAAGUGUUAGAGGAAGUAAUUCCAAUUCAUGGAAGGGGAAAUUUUCCCACCCUGGAGGUAAAACCAAAAGAUAUCAUUCAUAUUGUGAAAGACCAACUCAUACAGCAAGGAAUUAUUGUUAAAGAUACCCGACUGAAUGGUUCCACAGCAAGUUACAUACUUGCAAGCCAUAAUGGAAUCAGUUAUAAGGAUUUGGAUGUUAUUUUUGGCGUUGAACUUCCAUGUGAUCAAGAAUUUCAGGUUGUUAAGGAUUCAGUUCUAGGUUGUCUACUCGACUUUUUGCCAAAAGGUGUUAAAAAGGAAAAGAUCACCCCAAAGACCAUGAAAGAGGCUUAUGUGCAGAAGAUGGUCAAAGUUUGCAAUAAGCAUGAUCGUUGGAGUCUCAUCUCUCUUUCAAACAACACUGGGAAGAAUGUAGAACUAAAAUUUGUGAAUUCGCUCAGACGACAAUUUGAAUUUAGUGUUGAUUCCUUUCAAAUCAUUCUGGAUCCCAUGUUAGACUUCUACAGUGACAAAAGUGCUAAACUUACGCAAGAAUCCUAUCCUGUUGUGGUAGCUGAAAGCAUGUAUGGAGACUUCCAGGAAGCAAUGACACAUUUGCAGUAUAAGCUUAUAUCUACCAGAAAACCUGAAGAGAUUAGAGGUGGUGGCCUUCUCAAGUACAGCAACUUGCUGGUUCGUGACUUCAGGCCAGCUUGUGAAACAGAAAUCAAGACCCUGGAACGUUAUAUGUGUUCUAGAUUCUUCAUUGAUUUUCCUGACGUAGAAGAACAGCAAAAGAAGAUUGAGUCAUACCUCCGCAACCAUUUCAUAGGUGAAGAAAAGAGCAAGUAUGACUACCUUAUGACCUUGCGUGGAGUUGUGAAUGAAAGCACUGUUUGCCUCAUGAGUCAUGAAAGAAGACAGACUCUUAACAUGAUCACCCUUAUGGCUUUAAAAGUACUUGGAGAACAGAAUAUCCUACCCAGUACAGACAAUGUAACUUGCUUUUAUCAGCCUGCUCCAUUCUUUGUUGCUGAGGGAAGUUACCCUACUUAUUAUGUAACAUCUGGUCCACCACCCAUUUUUUUCCAGCCAUACCAUCCACUGCACCUACAUGUGCCAAAUGGUAUGGUUUAAAAAAAACACACAUACACACAACAGAAACUUGGCUUUAAUUAAAUACCUCUUAAAGCAAGUUUCCAAAUCAUAAAAUUCAAGAUCUAUUUUUAUUUUGUGUGUACAAUCCAUCGAUUACAGCUUUAAACCAUCACAGUUAAAUGUGAUAUCUGUAACGGACCACUUAAAAUGAUUUUCAAAC